UUCCAUGACAGAUGUAGCAAAUAUAGUUUGAGUAAUUGAUAAUAACGGGCUAUUGAAAUAGGUUGCCUAACAGUUAUCUCAUUUAUUCAACGGACGGGUGUCGUCGACGACGCCUUGGCUUAUUGCCGAUAAAAAUAUAACCUUUUGCCCAUAACGUAUUAGCCUAAUGUUAAUGUUUUAAAACAAUACAGAUUAAUAGUCUGUGGUUUGUCAACGCACCGCGUUAAUUCGCGCCAAAAAAAAAACUCGAGUGUUUAUUAUUUUAUUAUAAAACGUAUUGUUUACAAUUUAAAAAUGGAACCUACCGAAACUGUAAGUGAUAUGGACAAAGUGCUCUCACGUUUCAAUAUUUUGGGCCGUUAUCAUGCGCAGUUCAUGUUUUUUUCAUUUAUGGCUUUCGCAUCGAAUUCAGUGUUUUGUUGUAAUUUUGUGUUUGCUGCAGAAGAAGUGGGUUAUAGGUGUAAGGACGAGAGUUUUAGUAACAACACGUGUGGCAGUCAAAAUGGUUCAAUACAGUGCUCAGAAUGGAUUUACGACAAUCCAGACAGCUUUGUAGCAGAAUUUGGAUUGGCAUGCCAGGAUUGGAAAAGAACCUUAGUGGGCACUAUACACAGUCUCGGAUAUAUGGUCGGGCUAUUGAUAGUGGGACCUAUGUCCGACAGGUUAGGCAGGAAGAUGACAGUGGUGAUCACAGGCGUGAUGGGAGGCGUCUUCGGGGUGGCCAGGAGCUUCGCCAAGAACUAUUGGCUGUUUAUAGCUCUCGAGUUUGUGGAAGCAGCAAUAGGUGACGUCUGCUCGCCUAUGUUUGUACUGACUGUAGAGAUAGUGUCAACUGAGAAUCGAUUGUUAUUUUACAUUCUCAAUACAUUUGGUUACGCAUUCGGAGCAUUUUUACUAUCUGUAUGGGCCUACGCUUUUCCAUACUGGAGAACAUUCCUGAGAGUGAUCUACGCUCCAGCGUUCCUCUUUUUCUCUUAUCUAUUCGUUAUGGACGAGAGUCCAAGAUGGCUUCUCAUUAAGGGGAAAAAAGAGAAAGCCGUAGCCGUUCUCGAGAAAGCGGCAAAACGUAAUAAAAUCAAACUUGAUCAAGCAGUAUUGGAGAAACUGGAAACUGACAAAGAGGAAGAUAUAGCAUUUGUGAAACUCUUAAAAGUUACAUUCAAUUCUAAGACACUUUUGAAGAGAUUUUUCAUUUGCGUGGUCUGGUGGGCCACGUCUACUUUUGUCAACUAUGGAUUGACCAUAAAUUCAGUGUCUUUACAAGGGAACAAGUAUGUAAACUACGCUCUAGUCGGUGUAAUGGAUAUUCCAGCGAAUAUUAUUAUUUUGUUAGCUUUGAAUCGUUUCAAAAAGAAGUAUUCGCUUAUAGUGUCAUUCUUGAUCGGUGCUGCAUUGUGUGUAUCGCAACCUUUUAUGCCUACAAAUCUAAACUGGCUGUCUGUACUAUUGUCUAUGGCUGGCAAGUUGAUGUCGUCGUUCUAUUUCAAUAUCACGUAUAUCUACACCUCAGAAUUGUUCCCAACAUACACCAGGAAUUCAAUGCACGCACUUAGCUCAUCGCUUGGAAGAAUCGGCUCAAUAGUUGCACCGCAAACGCCUUUGUUGAUGCGUUAUUGGUACGGGCUGCCUUCCUUGGUGUUUGGUGGCGUGUCAUUGUUUGCUGGUCUUGUCACCUUCUUAGUACCGGACACGGGAGAUGACCCCCUACCCGAUACAGUGUGUGAAGCAGAGGCGGUGGGCAAAUCUGGCGUUGUUCCUAAAACUGACAGGGGUGCCUUCAAAUUAUAAUGUAUUUAAAAGGCUGGUUUUGUCUAAUGUGAUUUUUGAUGCUAAAUUAUUGAAUAAAAAUGUUAUUACCAUACA